AUGGCGGAAAAAGCAGAAGAAGCAGAAGAAGCCAACAUUGAAACGGCUCUAUUUACUAUUGAAGACGUGAAACACCUGAUCGCCGCAGCCAAUGUACAAGCCAUCGCAGUAUCCUCUAUUGCGCAUAGCGGCGUUGAAACUGCCAACGAGCUUCCUCCCCCUUUCUCUGAACACGCAGAGCUACCAAUUCGCCCCGCCGAACUCAUCCAAGAGGCCGGAGCGACAGUGGAUAGAUUACCGACGGCUUACCCUGAUCCAGCAAAGGUGGAGGUGGCACCAGAAUCCCGAACUCAACUUCACACCCAAGAUACUGAUGACCUGAUCUCGCUUGCCGAAACCGAGCUGCCGCCGACAGUCAUGACGGGCUAUCCCGCAGGAGUCGGAACCGGCGCAAAGCUGUUGUCUUGA